CAGUACCGCACAAAGCACCAACACAAACGCACCAGUCCAAAAAACAUGACUUUCAAAGUGACAAUCAUGGCCGCCUUGUUGGCAGUAGCCAGGGCAGGCUUCAUCGGGGCGCCGCUGGCAGGGGAAAUCGUCCACCACGGGGCGCCGGUGGCGUUCGCGCCGCCCCCGUUGGCCUACGCCGCCGCCCCCGUCGCCAAAAUCGCGAGGCCGGUCGCGCUGGCGGCGCCCGUCGCCAAGAUAGCCGCCAAAAUCGACGACGAGUACGACCCGAAUCCGCAGUACUCGUUCGGUUAUCAAGUAGAAGACGCCCUGACGGGGGAUAGCAAGAGCCAGAGCGAGUCGAGGAACGGCGACAUCGUACAAGGUUCGUACUCGCUGACCGACCCGGACGGUACCCGUCGUACCGUCGACUACUCGGCCGAUCCCGUCAACGGUUUCAACGCGGCGGUACGCAGAGAACCAUUGGUCGCGAAGGCGGCCGUGGUGGCGCCCGCCGCCCCCGCUCCUCUCGGUUUCGCCGCCAAAUUGGCGACGCCCGUCGCCUACAGUACGUCGCUUUUACAUUAAAAGCGCCAUCUUGCGGAUUUUCUUUCUUUCUUUCGGAAAACGGAAAACGAGUUAUUUUUUUUGUGUAGCAAAAAUUGUAAAAAAUUAUUUAUUUUUCGAAUAAAAAAUGAUACGA